AUGGGUUGGCGCCGAUCUUUGAGCAAGCGUCCUGCCGCGUUCAGCGCUGCGGUCGAAAGCCAUGGGGAGCAAGUCUCAACUGUUGGCGGGAAGUAUGUCGGCGAGACAGGAGGAAAUAAUGCGGCACCAACGUACCAAGACGCGUCUGGCGCUCCGGUUGAGAGCAACUCGCCGUUGGGAUACUCUGUCGGCCCGGUCACAAUUACCUUGCUGAACAUCACAAUGAUGAUCGGCGCGGGUAUAUACUCCACACCAUCAUCGAUCCUAUCCGGUACAGGCUCGGUCGGCGCCAGUCUUGUCUUUUGGACUCUGGGCUACUUGAUGUGUCUCACGUCUGGAGCCGUGUAUCUGGAGUUUACGGCAUACUUCCCGAGUCGAUCUGGUUCAGAAGUCGUUUUCCUCGAACAAGCGUACCCUAGGCCAAAAUGGCUUUUUGCAACCACUUUUGCGGUCCAGAGUGUCAUUCUUUCGUUUGGAAGUGCCAAUGCUACAGUCAUGGCCAAGUAUCUUAUUGCUAUCUCCGGACACGAAGGCACUGACUGGCAAGUCAAAGGCACUGCUCUAGCCUGUUAUAGCCUUGCUACCUUGACGCUGGUGUUCAACACGAAAUUCGCAUAUUGGUUCUCAAACGCUGUUGGGAUUGUCAAGAUUUGCACUCUUCUCUUUGUUAUCGUCACUGGCUUUGUUGUUUUAGGGGGCAAUACCAAGGUUGAGAACCCCACUGCCAAUUUUCACGACGCGUGGUCAGGUAGUUCUACAGCUUCUGCAUACGGAUUUACUACUGCCUUAUACCGAAUUAUUUUCUCAUAUGGCGGUUAUAAUAACGCUUUCAAUGUCGCGAACGAGGUCAAGAAUCCCGUCAGGUCACUUAAGAUUUACGCCACUGCUGCUCUUACCACAGUUUAUGUAUUAUACAUGUUCGCAAACAUUGCAUUCUUUGCUGCCGUUCCCAAGAGCGAGAUAGAGUCCUCUGAUCUAACGACUGCAAGUCUGUUCUUUGAGAAGGUCUUCGGCAACAGCGGUGCCGUCCGUGGCCUCAAUUUUCUUAUAGCUUUGGCUUCCUUCGGUAACAUGAUCGCCGUGAUAAUUGGUUUAUCUCGACGGAUUAGAGAAUGCGGGCGGCAGGGAGUUCUACCUUGGACAACAUUUUGGGUCUCGACUAAGCCUUUUGGCACAACGCUAGGCCCGUACGCCGUCAUUUGGUUUCUGACCUCGUUGAUGAUCCUAGCCGUUCCUGCUGGAGAUGCUUUCACUUUCAUCAACGAUUUAACCAUUAUCCCUUCCGCUGUCUUCAACCUUGCAAUGGCGCUUGGGAUCUACGUUGUUCGCUGGCGCCGAAGUAAAGCCAAUCUUCCUGAACCCGAGUUCAAGGCGUGGAACUUCGUGAUUCUCUUUAACAUUCUUGUCCAGCUUUACCUCCUUGUCAUGCCCUGGUAUCCGCCUAUUGGUGGUCAGUAUGCUGGUGAUGUCAGCUUUUGGUAUGCAACAUAUGCUGUGACGGGAAUUGGGAUAGUAUUCCCACUAACAAAAGUCCCCAGUCUUCUUGCCUGCGCCAUCUAUUACUAUCUUUGGGCAAUCCUUAUUCCUAAAUGGAGGGGCUACAAACUGCGACAGGAAGUUGUCAACCUAGGUGGCGGUGUUCAAAGCAACCGCCUCAAAAAGGUCCCUAACGCCGAAGUCGCAGAAUGGGACAUGACGCAUGACACGGCUGGCCGGCUCAUUGAAUCGCCGGCCGAGUCGGCAGUUGAUAUUCAGGUUCAGGUAAAAGGCAUCGAUGUGCCGAUUUAG